AUGAGUGGAAUUAGAGUCAGUGGUUUUUUGUUUUGUGAAAAAUCAAGUGGUUAUUAUGCUGAUAAUGGAUAUCAAACAGUAGUACAUACUCCGACAAAGAGAGAAAAACUUCAAUUACGAGAUGAUUUAUUGGAAUUUUUUGAUCUACCAGAAAGACCACUGCCAAGAAAUGAUGUACCAUUACUUAAUAAUUCAGCAUCUGAAUUUUUAAUUGAUGUUUAUAAAAAUGCUCUUGGUAAAAAAAAUAAUAGUGAAAAUAAUAAAGUCUUUGAUUUUAAUUUGAGUGGUAGAGAUCUUAGAGCCAUCAAUGAUAGUGAUGUCAUCAUGUCAUUUGCAUCUCAUUAUCGAAAUUUUUUUGAUGCUAAUCAUAAACGAGGAAAAACAAUCUGGUUUGAUGUAACAAAAGUAUCAAGUGGUGAACAACUUGUUAAUGCUGAAUUACGAAUUUAUCGUUCAUUAAAAAUAAAACAACAAAAAAUUCCUAAAACAUUUGUUAUUUCUGUUUAUCGAAUUUUUAAAACACUUUAUGGAAAAAAAGAGCUAAAGUUUGUUAGCUCUGUAAAUAAAACAAUCAAAGAUCAAGGCUGGAUGACAUUGAAUGUCACUGAAGCUGUGCAACAUUGGGUUAACAAUCCAGAAGAUAAUAAAGGUCUUUAUUUAUCUGUUCAUCCAAUUGGUCGUCCUGAAUUCGAAAUUGUACCAAAAGACGUUGGUAUUGUUGGACACUUUGGAUCACUAAAAAAGCAACCUUUUUUAGUUGGUUUUUUUAAAAAUUCAGAAUUAAUUAACAGAGAAAAACGUCAAAAACGUAAUAUUAUAAAAAAAAUAAGAAAAAGAAAAAGCGAAUCAUCACUUUUUGAUUUUGCCAAUAAACAAUUUGGUGUGCAAAGAGGCGAUCCAUCAGAAAUUUAUAUUCCAAAAACUUGUCGACGAAUGUCAUUUUAUGUUAAUUUUCGAGAUCUUGGUGUUCAUGAUGUAGUUAUUGCACCAGAUGGAUUUGAGGCAUAUUAUUGUGCUGGUGAAUGCAAUUUUCCAUUAAGUUCACAUAUGAAUGCAACAAAUCAUGCAGUUGUACAAACACUUGUUAAUCUUCUUCAACCAAAUGAACGUCAUCCUACUCCAAAAGCUUGUUGUGCUCCAACUGAAUUAAUAGCAACACGAGUACUUAUUUCACAAGGAAAUAGAAUUUUAUAUAAAAAAUUAAAAAAUAUGGUUGCUACACGUUGUGCUUGUCAAUAA